GUCCGGGGGAAGGAGCGGCGCGGGGGACACCGGCGCCGCCAUCAUGGCGGCCUGAGGCGCGGCGGGCACGGCGCCGGGGGCCGCAGGGCGGGAGGGAGGCAGGAGGGGAGGCCGCGGCGGCGAGAUUGAAAAACCUAGAAUGGCAGGAGAACAGAAACCGUCCUGCAAUCUUCUAGAGCAGUUUAUUUUACUAGCCAAAGGUACAAGUGGCUCAGCUCUGACUGCUCUUAUAAACCAAGUGCUGGAGGCCCCUGGGGUUUAUGUCUUCGGAGAGCUGUUGGAGUUAGCAAAUGUGCAAGAGCUUGCUGAAGGGACUAACGCUGCUUAUUUCCAGCUGCUGAACCUGUUUGCGUACGGCACGUACCCAGACUACGUAGCAAACAAAGAUAACCUGCCUGAAUUAACAGCAACUCAGAAAAACAAACUGAAACACUUGACAAUUGUAAGCCUGGCUUCCAGAAUGAAGUGCAUUCCCUACUCCGUGUUGCUGAAGGACCUGGACAUGAGGAAUCUGAGGGAGUUGGAAGACCUGAUUAUUGAAGCGGUUUAUACAGAUAUUAUCCAGGGGAAACUGGAUCAACGAAACCAGGUGUUAGAGGUGGAUUUUUGCAUCGGCAGAGACAUUCAGAAGAAGGACAUCAGUAACAUUGUCAAAACGCUCCAGGAAUGGUGUGACGGUUGUGAAGCAGUUCUUUUAGGAAUUGAGCAGCAAGUACUUAGAGCCAACCAAUACAAAGAAAACCAUCACCGAACUCAGCAGCAGGUAGAGAUGGAGGUCACAAACAUAAAGAAAACAUUAAAAGCUACAGCCUCGUCGUCGGCACAGGAGAUGGAACAGCAGCUGGUAGAGCGAGAGUGCCCUCCACACACAGAACAAAGGCAGCCCACAAAGAAGAUGUCCAAAGUCAAAGGGCUGGUCUCCAGCCGUCACUAGAACGUACCAUCUAAAUGUCAUUCAUCUAGGAAUGACAGCAGGAGGAGCAAAAAAGGGCCUGCGUCUCCUUUUUUCAGUGGGUUCUGGGCCAGUCCCUUCCAGGCUGGCAAAUAAAAGCCCUGUUUGAAUACAGCUCCCUGUGAGCAGCACCUGGCUAAGUUACGCUGUGCAGCCCCUGUUCAUUUUGAGGGUGUCCCUGUUCUGGUCCUUUAAAGAGGGACUUCUAAAGAAAGGGACUAGCCGAAAGGGGCAGUAAAAAUAAAAAAAAAAUCUGUGGACAGUUUUGCUCCCUCCCAGCCAGUCCCAUUGCUGCUUAACCUUUAGGAGGCUGCUGUACUAAAUCAGAUCUUGGGAGAACUUCUGUGGUGAGAGUCUGAAUCCCAGGGUUGAAGUGUGGCUACCAAAGCCAGGCUGGGAGCGAGGAGGCCAUCAACACAGAUCUUUUCAUUCCCAGAGGGAGCGCAGAAAGGUUUCUAGGCCAGGAGCUGCUUUACGUGGAAGUCUUCAGCCUUUCCGCUGCCCCUGUCUAUUUUAAACUGGGGUGAAAUUCACACUACCUCGCUCUGUGAAGAUGAGAUCCAGUGCUGGGCUGUUUACUUAACUGGCUGUUUACUGCCCUUACGAAGCCCUUUAAGCUCUCGCAGAUUUAACGCGCUGGCCUGCAUCUCCGAGGCAUCAAUACAGCAAGGAGGAAGCAGGCUGCUCUUCCAAGCCUUCCUUCUUGCAGACGGUUAGGGGCAUGCUAGAAACCGUUCCUUCUGAAUGUGAUGUGACCUCCCAGAGCUGCUUGUGAGUUGUUCCCCCGUUGAUACCUUCAAAGGGCAAAGCGUUUGCUCUUCCUUGGAUGCUAGUGACAGCGGACUGCACGGAGGAGAGCCCGUGUAGCAUUGUGGCAGGCUGGUGGCCCAGGACCCACUGGCAGGGGUCGCGGCAGCAUCCCCUUGCUGAAGCAACGGACUUGACUAGUCUUUCUGAAUUUUGAACACUUUCAGGUUGUAUUUUCCUCCCCCCCCCCCCCUUUUUUUUUUUUGUACAUUGUUGUGAUUCUAAAGCAUUUCAGCCUUUGUUUUGUGUAUUUUAUUUGUUACAGACUAAUUUCAGGUGAUUUGCACCUGAUUCGGCGAGGUGUGGGUUUUUUUUAAAGGGGGAGGACGGGGCUGGCAUUGAAACAGCAAGUCGCAACAAAGCACAUUUUAGAAAAAAAAAAAUUAAAAAUGCUGAUUUA